AUGGAAGUUGAAAGUCCUAGACAAGAUGAAUCACGAACAAGUCAGAUUCUGCCUCCAAGUUCAACUAAUCAAGAUAUGUCCAGAGCUCCUGUUUCAAAUUUAUUCGUUGAUGCUUGCAGUUUAGCUCGAAUGGGUCAAUAUGAAAAAGCCAAAACGGCAUUUCUGCAUGUUGAACAGCAUUCUGAUGAGUACGGCAAAGCUCAAUACUUACUUGGAUGUGCUUGUAACAAAUUGGAUGAAUAUGAUGAGUAUAAGGAAGCCAUCGGCGCUUUUAAUAAAGCCAUUGAAUUUUUCACAAAACUCGGCCGAAACAUUCCCAUUGAUCUAUAUUAUGAAAUAGGUUUCGCACAAUGGAAAAUUGGUGCCAAUAAAGAUGCGAUUAAGAGUUUUUCGAAAUUUAUUCGGAAAAAAGGAACCGAAGAUACUCAUUAUGGAUAUUUAAGUCGAGCUCUGGUUUACUGCACAAUGGGUCAUUAUAAAGAAGCAUUAUCCGAUUUAAAUAAAGCAAAUGAAAAUCAAGAAAACCAAACUACAUAUUCAUUAUGUUGGCGAGGACGAACAUUUGCCCACCUUGGGCAGUAUGAAAAAGCGAAAGAAGAUUUUCAAAGAGCUUCACGUAUCCGUGCUCAGGAUUUCCAAAGUUAUCUUCAAUUGGGUAUUGUUUAUAGCGAACUUGGACAAUAUUCUGAAGCGCUCGAACAGUUUAAUUAUGCAUUAGAGUCUCAACCGCAAAAUCAGCAUAAUCGUGCUGAAGUAUUCUUUCGUCAAGCACUUGUUUAUCAAUUUCUUGGAGAUUCCAAUCAGGCCACAAAUAAACUUCAUGAUUCUCUUCGUCUAAAUCCAAAGCAUGCUCGAGCUUAUUUUCGUCUUGCACGUAUGUAUCUCGCCGAAAAUAAUUAUUUAGACGCAUUGGAAACUUUGAAUACAGCUCAUAAAAUUGCUCCACAUGACAAAGAUAUCAUAUAUGAACUAGGAUCGUUACAUGAACGAGUUGAGCGUUUUAAUAUUGCUCUCCAUGAACGACGGCGAGCUUUCGGAUUGCAAAAAUCAGAACCAUCUCUUUCAGAUGAGACGGUUUCUGUGUCAGAAAAUACUUCCACACGGCCUCCUUCCUCAACUGUAGACAAAGAAAAGUCUAUGAAUCCUCGUCUUUUAUCAGCUCUCAAACAAGAAGAAUUACUAUCGGUGGCAGAGAACUUUUCUGUUUCAUAUCAUAAAAUAUUAGAAACAUAUCAGUUGGCUAUCGACAAGGAUAAUUGUCCAGAAGCACGAACAUUGAUGGCUUUGUGUCAAGAAUCACAGAAAGACUUUAGUGAUGCUUUGGAUUCCAUGGAAAAAUUUUGCAACGAAUAUCUAACAGACCCAAAUGCUAAACAGUCAUGGCGUAACUUUUUGAAACAGUUUAAAACCGAACGAGACUCUGGUCGUGAGAGUCGAUUGGUUACCCAUCGAUACACAGUUCUUAAACGUAUUGCAAAAAAUCUAAUCGAUAUUGAAAAUGACCAUACGCUAUUUAAAUCGGACCCUUCUGGGAAUCUUCGAAUCUUUUAUGAUGCUCUUCGACGACGACUGGGUCAAAGUUUAGUUGCUUUUUCGAUGACUGGAGGUGAUACAUCAAUUGUAGCACACAAUCUCAAGGGUUCACUCAGCACCGUGGCAGGGAUACUCAAAUAUCUGGGCAAAGGUCUGAAAUAUGUGCCUGUUGCUGGUGAAUAUUUAGAUACAGCGCUGGACGUCGGUUCGGACUUUCUUUAUGGAAAAGACUACGACGCAAUUCAAAAUAAAUUAUCCAUUUUCAAUACUAUGGGUGAUCAUACGGAAUUUUCUUCGGCAGCUCGGAAAAUAGCCUUUGAAAUAACUGACCGAUACAAGAAGCAACUUGUUCGUCUUGCUACAGAGCCUACUGAUCCAUCUAAUGGAUCAAAAAUAAUUCAUUCUAUGAAAGAACAAUUAUAUGAAAAGCAAGAUAGUAAUCGACCGGCAGAACGCGUAGCGAACUUUGCAGUCAAUUCGAAACCAGUAGCAACAGACGAUAAAAAGAAUAAACAACUGAAGAACAUGCAAAGACAAUUGGAAAAAAUGAAAGCUAAAAUAAAGCAGCAAGAUAAACUUAUCGAACGGUUACAACAGCAGCUUAAGAAAAAUAAAGAAACAAAACCUUAUGUAACAAGAAAUGUUAUUCCAACAAUGCCCUUUGUGGAAGAUCCACCUGGAAUUGAACUUCUUGAAACUGUUUGGGAAUAA